AUGGGUAACAUAGGUUGCUGUAGUGCAGCCAACCAAACUACUAAUGACACCCAGCACCAAAAUGACUAGCUUAAAACUACUAAGAAGCCCAAAGACUACUCAGCCCAACCUGAUUUCGUCAAGGAUGAUUUAAUAGAUAGCUAUAGAGGAGCUAACGAGAAUAAGCAUUCAAGAUAGCUUUCUAAAAGGCAAAAUGACAAUGAUGGAGAAGAGUCGGAUGAAUCUGAUCUUUCAAAUAAAUACGGAAAUUUACAUGCCCCUGAGAAGGUCGCCCCUAACAAGUAAUUCGUUAGACAAUUGUCAAAGAAUCUUGGGAAUCUCAGAAUUUCAAAUUCAUAGCUAGAUAAAUAGGCAUCAAAAAGCAAAAUUUUGCAUCAGAAAUAGCAACAAAUAGACUAGUACUAAGCAAAACUGUAACAAGAGAGAGGACAAGAAACUGAAUAAACUGAUACUCUAAAAUAAAAAUAGAGAAAAUAAAGGACUAAUGAGAAUAUGAGUGUUGAGUUCAAAAAGGAACUUGAUAAUAAACAGCCUAUUAAAGAAUCACAUAUGUAGUCACAAAGCAGCAAAUCUAAAGAUUCAAUUCAAUCUUCUCCUAAAAAAGUUUAAGAAUAAUAAGAUCAAUAAGAGGAGGAGAGUUCUUAGAGAGACGAGGUAAGUUUGAAAUCGAAAUAGAAGGCUAAUAACUAUGAACCUAGAAGGCAGUAAACUCAAAAUAUGGAAGGAACCCGGUUGAAUAACGAUGAAGAUAGUUAAAGCUAUAGUCCUUAAGAUUCAUUGGAUAAUAGUAAAGCUAAAAAUUCAGAGAGAUUUGAUGAUCUGGAAUAAUAGUAGGUAUUUCUCAGGUCACAGACUUAACAGGAAAAAUAAACCACUUCUUCACAUAAACAGUCAAGCAAGCCUUUCUAGAGACAGAAGCUUAGAAAGCAAAUAGCUAGUGAGAUAUCCUCCUCUAUCCAGGAGUCUUAGAGGUAGAUGGAGCAGUAGGAUGAAGUCGCAGAUCUAGAGAACAGUUUUGACUAAGAUUAUUAUGAGGAAGAGUCCUCCAGCAUCUACGAAAGAUCAAAUACAGAUUUCUAAUAACUAAAGAAGAGCAGAAAUUUAAUGGGAAACGACUCAAUAUAAUUUGAUGAUGAGAUCAGUGAGAUUGGAGGCGAAAGUUCAAUGACUCAAAGCAAAAAGAAGAAGAAGAAAAAGAAGAAGAAGAAGAACCUUCUUCAUGCGUCGGAGACUUAAAUUUUUGAUAAUAGCAGAGACUCUAGCAAACUCUCCUCGACUAAUAGACCAAAGACAAGAAAGGUUAAGGUUCUUUAGUUAUGA